AUGCAUUUCCAGCAGACCGAAUCUGCCGGCCCCGGCGCCGAAGCCCAGGCAAAGAGCUUCACUAAGAAGUCGUCAAGCCUGCCUUUUGGCCAGGACCUCCCACUCGAAUCGAUCAGCGGCCCAACAUAUCUCACUGCACAGGCUCUCGUCCAACAGGUUGCCUACACGCUUUCCGACAAGAUAUUCGCAUACUCGGCGGAGGGUUUCGACCUGGAUGUAGCGAUCAAGGCAUGGCAAGAGAACGGCAAUAAGAAUGCGCUCGGUUACCAGACGGGCGUGCAGUCGCUUGAGACGAGGAACGGUGCGGGUUCAAUUGCGCUUGGAUACAUGUUCUCCAAGGAUUUCGACCUAAAGAAGCGACACAUCCCCCAGUCCAUUGUGGCUUCUUCUGCGACUCUCCACUACCUACGCCCUGCGCUUGACCAGCUGGCGCUCCUCUACUCGGUCGCGAACCCUCUUACUGCGCACAUCGCUGCUGUCGACUACACCGCCAACUCCGCUGCCGGCCUUGUCAGCGACUACGUUUCUUCGUUGACCAUCGCGGAGGAUCUGGGUCUUGGUCUUGUGUGCAGCCCGUCUGUCUUUGAGGCACAGCAUAUGUCACUUUUCGCCACUCUGUUGUCGAGCAUUAUCCCAACGAUCCACACCUACGAUGGCAUUAGUGUUGGACGCGAGACCGCACGAUUGGUUGACACUAUGGACCAGAGCAGGCUUUACAACAACUACCAGGCUGUUCUCAAGGCUGUUUCCGAGGUGGACAAGAAGCACUCAGACAAUGCGGGACGUGUCGUGCGUCUCCUCCAAGCUUUCAAUGACGAGCUCGGCGAGGACUACCGCUUGUUCGACUACUACGGCCAUGAGGAGCCGGAGAGUGUCUUGGUCGUUUUCGGUACCGUUGAGGCAUCUCUGACCGCGCAAAUCGCAAAUGCGCUUGCAAAAGACGGCGACAAGCUGGGUGUUAUCAAUGUCCGUGUCUACCGUCCCUUCGUGGAGGAGGCGUUCCUCGAAGUGCUACCGAAGAGCACCAGGAACGUUGCCGUCCUCGGACAAGUCAAGGAUGAGGCCGCCGUUUUUGACCCCGCUGAGAGCUCUCGCCUCUACUCCGACGUGUUCGCAACGAUUCAGUUCGCUUUCGACCGCAACAUUGAAGUCACUGACAUCAAGUACUCCCGCGAGCAGGUUUGGACUCCCAGCAACAUCCUGGAUGUUUUCCAGCAGAUGUACGGGGAGAGAACCGAGUCGGAGGAGGUCCGCUCUUAUGUCGACAUUCUCAACACUGCGGACGUCAAGCAGUACACUUUCUGGGACUUGGACGAGUCACCGGCUGCAGGUGCUCCCGUCGUGCUAGGAAAGCUUCUUUCUUCCGACUCAGCCAAGAACGUAUUCGUGCGCUCUGGUCACGACAACCUUGUCCGUGGCGGCACUAUCCGCACUGACAUCCGCAACGCAGACUACACAAUCGAGGCGCCAUACUCCGUGGAACAGGCUGACGUCACCUUCGUUGGUGAUGAGAGUCUUCUGAAGGAAUUCGACAUUCUGAACAGCGUCAAGGCGGACAGCGCCAUCAUCGUCAAGCUGCCUGGCGUUAAGGAUGAGGAUAUCGAGACGAAGCUCUCCCCUGCUCUACGCAAGGCUCUCGUGGGCAAGGAUGUCGAGCUCUUCGUUCUCGACCCGACCCUCUCUGAGAGCGUGUCGCAGGAUCCUUCCCUCGAAGCAUACCUCGCGCAGCUAGCAUUCCUGAAGGUUGCCCGCGAAGACCUCCUUACAUCCGGCCUUUCCAAGUUGGCUGCUGUUAACGGCAACGAGGAGACUCUCAAGAAGUUGGUUGGCGAGCUUGAGACUGCUCUUCGCGAGAUCGAAUGCCCUGUCUCCUGGUCUACUCCUGAAGAAGAUGUUGAGCCCAUCCAGCUUCCUUCCGACAUCAACGUGAACAGCUUCUCAGCCUACGACCGCACCGAGACCGAGCCGCCAACCUACCUCAAGGACUGGAAGGUCGUGGCCAAGGGACUUGCUUUCAAGGAAGCCUUCGGUGCCGAGUCUGCGCUUCGUCCUGAUUUGGGUGUCAAGACCGGUGUCGUCACUGUUAAGGAGCGCCGUCGUCUCACACCUUCCACUUAUGAUCGAAACAUCUUUCACAUCGAGUUCGAUCUUGGCGACUCUGGCAUCACCUAUGCAAUUGGAGAGGCCCUCGGCAUUCACGCGGAGAAUGACAAGGCCGAGGUUGAGGAAUUCAUUAAAUGGUAUGGCCUCAACCCUGAAGAGGUUGUCGAAGUGCCAUCUCGCGACGACCCCGAUGUUCUAGUCAACCGCACCGUUUACCAGUCGCUCAUUCAGAACGUUGACAUCUUCGGUCGCCCACCCAAGCGCUUCUACGAAGCCCUUGCAGAGUUCGCCGAUGACGCCGAUGAGAAGAGGAAGCUCCUGGCUGUUAUCAGCCCCGAGGGUGCCACCGAGUUCAAGCGUCGCGCUGAGGUGGACACUAUCACCUAUGCCGACAUUCUCCUCGAGUUCAAGUCCGCACACCCUUCAUUCCACGACAUCGUCCGCAUUGUCAGCCCCAUGAAGCGCCGCGAAUACUCCAUUGCUUCAUCCCAGCACGUCACUCCCACCUCCGUGGCCCUCCUCAUCGUCACCGUCAACUGGGUCGACCCCCAGGGCCGCGACCGCUUCGGCCAGGCCACGCGCUACCUCAACGGCCUCAAGAUUGGCUCCGCCGUCACCGUUUCCGUCAAGCCCUCCGUCAUGAAGCUUCCGCCCAAGACCACCGCUCCCCUCAUCAUGGCCGGUCUCGGUACCGGUCUUGCCCCCUUCCGCGCCUUCGUCCAAGAGCGCGCCUACCAGAAGCAACAAGGCCACGAAAUCGGCGAAGUCCUCCUGUACAUGGGCUCGCGCCACCAGCGCGAAGAGUACCUGUACGGCGAAGAAUGGGAGGCGUACCAAGCCGCGGGUAUCAUCACGCUGCUCGGCCGCGCCUUCUCGCGUGACCAGCCGCAAAAGAUCUACAUCCAGGAUCGCAUGCGGCAGAGCUUGGGCGAUAUCAGGCGCUCGUACUUGCGGGACGAAGGUAGCUUCUACCUCUGUGGUCCGACGUGGCCUGUGCCGGAUGUCACGGAGGUGCUGCAGGAGGCCGUGGAGGUGGAGCAUAGGGCGAAGAGUGUGAGAAAUGGGGAGGAGAAGCCCAAGAAGUUGGAUAGCAGGAGGGAGAUUGAGACACUGAAGGAUGAGGGACGGUAUGUGCUUGAGGUUUAUUAA